AUGUCACAAGAUCAAUCACCUCCCGGUCGGCACGAUUCGCUUUCUGCUACGGCUCGCGCCCGCCACAGGCAGCGCAUUCGCCUCUCCAUGUUCCCAAGCUUUUCCGAAUUAGACACUUCCGUACCUCACCCAAGCGCUGUAGCGCCCGAUGUAGCGCAAGCACCAAUAGAUCGGCAUAGCCUGCGCUCGAGGAGAUACUACGGCACUCAAGAGUUGCGGCCAAAUGUGCCAGUAAAUCCUCAGCCCACUGCUGAAGACAUAGCACGCCGAUCACGGAAAUCUGGAGUUCGGUUUGGUACACACGACACACCCAUACGUGAUGCAUCAGGAAGACGCCAAUCUAAGAUCUGGGACAUGGAAGACAUCACUUCCGGCCUCAAUACUGCGUUGACGUCAAGGAGCAACGGCGUUGGCCAGGUUCGUAGGCCACAGAAGCUCCUUCAAGGUAUCGAUAAAUUUGGCCAGGUAUUUACUUACUCACAAUGUGAUGAUCAAGCUAUGAACGCCAACGAGACGCAAAACGGGACCACGGACGAGUCGAAAUUGCCGGACGCGUCACCCACAAAGCCGAGGACAUGGCAUGAUGAAGAACAAGGUUUAGGUGAGAGCUUUGAGAUGGUACAGUAUGAGGACGAAUUGACUGAAGACUUUGAAGAGGUCGACCGAGACAUCCCGACGGACUUCAAUGGCAAGGUGCCACGUUGA